AUGACCGGCAUGAACGCCUCUUCUCUUCGUGCACGGCUAGGAGAUCCCCUCCCGCGCUCAAGCCCUUCAGGGAUCUGCAGAAAGGAGUUGAAGCUGGAGGAGAACGACUUCACAGGCGCCGUGUUUGAGGGCAAGUUCUACAGCCCCGCAGACAUGGCCGCUCUUGAGACGCUGCCCAGCCGUGCUGAGGUGUACUCGAAGCUGCUGGGCGUCAUGCAGUCGCCCGCUAGAGACGUGGUUUCCACCCUCCAGUGCCUCAUGGUGUUGCCCAGCUGUGCCGAGGUGUACUCGAAGCUGCUGGGGCUCAUGCAACCAUCGGCUAAAGGGGUGGAGAGGGGGGGGGGGUGUUGGGAAGCGCCUGCUCGCGAUUUGAUCUUCACCCUCAAGGCCCAUGUGCAGAAGCUGGAGGAGGCCGAGGGCAGCCAAUGA